AUGCCUCAGCGGCAGGAUACCGGUCGCUCGCUUUUCGCGCUCUCGCUUCCCAGUCGUCCAUCGAUUCGUCGUCGCGGUGCGGGAGACGGGGCCUCCGGCGAGCCAAGAAAGGGGCCACUCGGCCUGACCCAUCUGCACUUACCGGAAACGGGCCACGCCAUCGCUGAUAUUGUAUUCGUCCACGGACUGAACGGGGGGUCGCACAGCACUUGGACCUACGACGGCGACCCUGCCAAGUUCUGGCCCAAGCAAUGGCUAGCUCUCGACGAUGUCUUCCAGGGCGCCCGAAUCCACACGUUCGGGUACGAAUCUAAUAUAAGCAAAGAGUCGAUCCUGAACACCGACGACUUUGCUCACGCUCUUGUCUAUUCGCUAUGCGACUGCCCCAAGAUACCGCCUAAUGACAAGGCGCCUGUCAUCCUGGUUGGACAUAGCAUGGGAGGUCUGGUGAUAAAGAGAGCGUACAUUCUCUCUCGUAACCGACCCGAUCUUCAGUCCCUUUCCCAGAGAAUACAGGCUCUCUUCUUCCUUGGAACCCCUCACCAGGGUGCGGACAUUGCAACCACGCUCCAACAUCUCCUCUCUCUAGCCGGCGAACGCCCCUUUGUCGCUGAUUUGAUCCCCAAUUCCCCCAUGAUCCAAGCAAUCAACGAAGAGUUCCCCCGAGUGUCAGGAUUGCUGAAGCUCUACUCCUUCUUCGAGGCAAAGCCCAUGAACUAUGGUGUAGGCUACAUUGUGGAUAGGCGGGCGGCGGUUCUCGGGUAUCCCAACGAGCGAAGGAUGCAUCUUAACUCGAACCACAGGGACAUUGCUCGGUUUCCAUCUCCCGACGACCCAUCCUACCUUACGGUCCGUAACACCCUUGCGGCGUGCAUCCGAGAAGGGGCCCAGGCUGCCACAGAGGGCUAUGGAAUGCCCUUGGGGCGUCAGCCGGAGUUUGGCCAGCUUCGUGCUGGCUCCUUGCGAGGUGUUGCUCAAUCACCAACAAGCCCGCGCUCCAAUGUCAGCAGCAGUUUGACCACUUACGCCAAGAGGAAUGCCGAUAGAGAGGUCGAGGAGCAUGGGAUUGCCGCCGGACAUCGGAUGGAGAUUGGAGAGUUCCUCGGUGUCCGAGACGUGCCAGGAGAGGAGCUGAUCAACGACCUCCGCCAAGUGCCCGGGAGUUGUCAGUGGCUUCUUCGGAAAAGCUCAUUUUUGGAGUGGAUUGACGGCGGCCACUCCAAGAUCUACUGGCUCACCGGGCUCCCUGGUGCAGGCAAAAGCAUCCUUUCGAGCUUCGUCGUCCAGCACCUCAACACAAUCGGUCGGGAUUGCUGCUUCUUCUUCUUUAGCGAGGGGGACAAGAGCAGAGACAACAUUAACUGGCUCCUGCGGUCGAUGGCUUUCCAGAUGGCCAUGAUACAUCCAGAAAUGGCCGACACCAUUCUGCACAUCGCUUCGGAGCCAAGUUGGAGGGAGCCCCCAGUUGACCGUGUGGACUUUCAUCCAGUUUGGCGGAAAAUAUUCACAUGCGGCAUCCUCAAAGUCCGUCCAACCAGACAGCAGUACUGGGUGAUCGACGCUGUUGGCGAAUGCAAGCUUCCCGGAGAUCUCAUCAAUCUUCUUUUUCGCGCCGCGCGGCACUGGCCGCUUCGAGUCUUCGUCACAUCAAGGCCCUCCGAGACGUCAAUUCUCGGUGCUUCCACCACGGAGAUCAUCUCAGAGGCUAUUUCCCAGGGGGAUACAAAUAGCGACAUUGCCCUCUUCCUCCGGUCCCAGCUUGCUACCGGCCAGCGCACAGCCGAAGCGAUGGAUGCACUGCUGGCCCAGGUCAUCAAGAAGUCCAAUGGCUGCUUUCUUUGGGCGUACUUGGUGCAGCAGAAUCUCAGGUCCGUCUAUACCAAGACGAGCGUCGACAAAGUGCUCGAGUCUACCCCGUCGGAUAUCACGCAGCUGUACCAGAGUAUUCUCAGGGAAAUGGAAGACAUCCCGGAACAGAACAAGAGCGAGACCGAGGCCCUGCUACAUUGGGUAGUCUGCGCUUGGAGACCCCUGACCACCGACGAGCUUCAGAGCGCCGUCGAGGCCGACCUCAAAGACGAGAUCAAUGACAUGGAGAAGCUGAUUGCCGACAGAUGUGGCAACCUGGUUGAGGUCGACACCGCCAAACGAGUCAAGCUGGUCCAUCAAACUACCCGAGAGGUGCUAACUAGCGAGUCUCUAGACUCGGCCUUCCAAAUCGACCCUGGCGUAGGACAUCGGAGGUUGGCCAUAAUUCAACUCCACCACCUUUGUGGCAACAACCACUUCCAUAGCAGCAAGAAAGUCCACACCAGCGACACUUCAAAAUCGUCGCGCAAACGACGGCCCAUUGCGCUGUCACUCUCGGUUUGGACACACCUGGAGAAGUCCCCGCUAGCGCAGUACGCGGCUGGGCAUGUCUUCCAACACCUUGCGAAGAUUCCCCACACUCUGCUCGAUGACGAAGUGUUCCAGUCAAUGGCGCAGUUUUUCGCCUCCUCAGGCAUCCUCUGGUGGAUUGAGUAUCUUGCCAAACACAAUAGCCUCCAGAGCAUCUUCAGCGCAGGCAAGACCACCGCGAGUGUCGUGAACAGACGCAAGCGAUACGGCCCGCCGCUGCUCCAGAUCCAGAAAGAAAUUGCUCUGCUCGAGAGGUGGUCCAAUGACCUCCUCCGCUUGGUGCCCAAGUUUGGUCGACGAUUACGCGCAUCGCCCGCGUCAAUUGCCCUGAUACAUCCAUUCUGCCCACCGGCCUCUGCCAUCCGACAGCAGUUCUAUUCACCACGGAAGGGCCUUUCCGUUCAGGGGCUAUCCAGCCGCGAUUGGGACGACUGUAUCGCAACCACCACAUUCGAAAGACGGAUGCGUCCUUUAUGUGUAGCAGUAAGUGACAAGUACGUGGCUUACGGGGCACCAAACGGGACAAUACAUAUCUAUGAGGAUGGGACUUUCCAGGAACGGCUCGUCCUUGUCCACGGCGAUCAGUACGUGGGGUGCCUCGCCUUUGGCGCUAGGGGUGACUACCUAGCAUCGGCGACAGCCGACGAUCUGGUUCUGUGGAGAACAGACACCUGGGUCCAGAUCCAGAAGAUCGCCCUACCAUCUGAGUGCAUCAUGCUCUCGUUCACAGAUGAUAACGGCGCUAUUCAGGCUGGUCUACGCACCAAUCAAGUCUUAUCCUGGGAUGUGAAUGCCGACGAGCCCAGUGAGGAAGGAGACGACCUGGUUAACUGGACUGUCGGCCUGGAGGAGAUGGGCGAUAUCUCGCAGCGAGAUCCAUCACGAAUUGCCUUUUGUGCACAUCGCGGUGUGAUGGCCGUGGUGUAUAGACGGACACAUAUCAUCUUGUGGGACCUCGAAGAUUCUCAAGUUCAGGACAUAUACGUCAAGGACGUAGGUUCCAGGUCGAAGCUUGGCCAAAGCCAGCUCUGGGUCCAAUGCGACCACGACUACGAGUCACUUGGCGCCGUUGACGACGCCGGGCCGAGCCUGGCGAGCCAGGAAUCCACAGGCAUCGAGACUGUCUGUGACCUCGCUUUCAGCUCGGCGCCCGACUCGGCCUUGAUGGUGGUGACCUACGGUAGCGGCGACCUGUGCGUAUACGACAUCGAGGAGGGGGUCAUGCUCGAAUCGCAGCCUGGGGUUUGGGCGCAUCGCGUUGCCAUCACGCCAGACGGUCGGACUAUCGCAACGGCGGAUCCCCGAGGCGGUAUGCGCCUGUUUGAUGCUGGGUCGCUCAAGUGCCUCUACUAUGUGCAACUCGACGGACACGCCGUCAGCGCCAACUCGCUCACCUUCACAGCCGACGGCUUGAAGCUGAUCGAGUUGCGUGGCCGGCAAUCCCGUGUUUGGAGCCCGUCGGUCCUGCUACGCCAGGACGCCGAGGAAGACGUCAGCGAUACCGUUUCUCUGUCCACCCCGAUGCAGGAGGUUGACUACAACAUGGCCGAGGAUCCAGCAGUCACGGCUCUUCGAUGUGCCUGGUCCUCAUCCUCGGCUUUUGUAUUCUUUGGGCGGAACAAUGGCGAUGUCCUUGUGCAGGACUUGGCUGGUGAUGAGCCGCAGCGGCAGCACUUGUUCAGAAUGCCUCGAGACGCGCCGGUGCUAUCGAUGCACUAUGACGACGACUCAGGGCUACUCUCUACUGCUAGCUCUACCUACGCGGUCUGCCACAAGAUCAGUAAGACAACUCGGCCCAAACUGCCCAGGUGGGUAGCAACUCCGAUUCCAAUCCAAGCCGAAUCCUCGUCAGUCAUUCACCAGAUACUAGGAUCUGGGACACACUCUCGCCUGCUGGUCUCCAGCGAGGAAGGUGACACGCUUUGGUCAUUCAACGGAAGCCCAACCCAGAAGUCCACAGUCGGUUGCGGCACCCCAGUAGGCGAGAUGGCCGCGGCAACAGAGCAGCGGAAUCAUCGUGUGAAGAGAUGGGCUAGUCAUCCGACGCAAAAGUCACUGCUUAUUUUGGCAGAGGGAGCCACUAUUGAGAUGCGAUACUGGGCAACGUUUGCGAUGGCCAUUUCCUGGAGGGCUGAUGUUGGCGCGGCGAAAAUAACCCGACUCCUUUGCCGCGACGAUCCGAACAUGCCAUUCUUUCUCACAAUCGCCGAAGAGAAUGAGGGGAACGGUUACUGCAAACGCAGCGUGGGUGCUGUCGAACUCACCCGGCGUACGAUCCAGGUUUGGAGUACCCAAGAUCUCGUCGAGUCCAGCCCGCAUGUUGGUAUUUCGUCACCAUCACCGCCGCCGCUCGAUUACCACCCCCGCCCUCUCUGCACCAUCAACGCGCGACAAAUAGAGCUGGGUGAGGUUAUCGGAGUCCACCACGGCCGUCUGGUUUAUUUGAACACCGACUAUUACGUGUGCAGUCUACCGAUCUACGCCCUGCCCAACUCGGCCAGCACGAGGAAAACCACCCACGGGAGGAGCUCGUCUACCCUCCUGGCUCCAGACUCGCCGACCCCGGGCAGCUGGCCAAGAAGUCCUAGCGCUGGAUAUGGCACCGGCGUUGGCGGGGUCGGCAAUGACACGCUCGGGAACACGAGCGCCAUUGACGACACCAGCCUCUCCGCCAUGGAAGGCCCCGGCCCGGGCGAGGCUGCUUCUGAUCAUCACCCCCGAUUUACCGAACAUUUCCCCCUCCCACACGACUGGGCCGGCCUGGCGACAAAGAUUGAUGCCGACAUCAACCGGCUCGGCGAUGUAUUCUUCGCAAAGCGCGCCGACGUGGCGGUCUUACAGGGGGGCCUCACUUCGCGGAAGGACGAUCCGUGGCUGGAUCACAAGCGGGUGUCGAGCCCGAGCGGCGGCAAGUUUCCGCCGAGGCCGUCGCCCCGGCCUGCUGGACGGCCGGCGAGGUCGCAAUGA